GCCCGCCCGCACCGCGGAGCGAUGCCGCCGUAACCGGAGCUCCGCGGCAGGACCGGGCACCCCCGUCAGUCCGUGUCUUUGUCUGCUCCGGGGCGCACGGAAAGUGGGAAGGUGCUCUCCACUCCUCCCCAGUCCCCGCCACAGAAGAGGGGAAUCAGCUCGGCGGAGCAUCCACAGGGGCGGGGUCUGGGGAAGAUGACCACUCUCACACGGCAGGACCUUAACUUUGGGCAAGUUGUUGCAGAUGUUCUUUCAGAAUUCCUGGAAGUGGCUGUUCACCUCAUAUUGUAUGUCAGAGAAGUUUACCCUAUUGGGAUCUUUCAGAAGAGGAAAAAAUACAAUGUACCUGUCCAGAUGUCCUGCCACCCAGAGCUGAACCAGUACAUCCAGGACACGCUGCACUGUGUGAAGCCUCUGCUGGAGAAGAACGAUGUGGAGAAAGUUGUGGUUGUAAUUCUGGAUAAAGAGCACCACCCCGUGGAGAGAUUUGUCUUUGAGAUCACCCAGCCACCUCUUCUUUCCAUUAGUUCUGAGUCCCUGCUGUCCCACGUGGAGCAGUUACUGCGUGCCUUCAUCCUGAAAAUCAGCGUGUGUGAUGCUGUGCUGGACAACAACCCCCCAGGUUGCACCUUCACAGUUCUGGUUCACACACGGGAGGCCGCCACACGCAACAUGGAAAAGAUCCAGGUGAUAAAGGAUUUCCCUUGGAUCCUCGCUGAUGAGCAAGAUGUGCACAUGCACGACCCCCGGCUCAUUCCCCUGAAAACCAUGACAUCUGACAUCUUAAAGAUGCAGCUCUAUGUAGAAGAGCGAGCUCACAAAGGCACCUGAUUCCAAAUCUUCCUUGCCUUCAAGCUUCAUCUGAUCUUCCAGUGGAGUAAGAUCUGUCACAAACUGUAUCUUGAUAACCAUCUCUUCAGCUGGCCUUCUGAGGGAAUGUAGAGCAGCUGCUGCCUCUUUAUUUCAAGUGCUCUUACCACUGGAUAAAGAACUGACUUGGAAUGGGGAGCCAGAGCCUGUUCCCAUCCUGACUUGUGUGAGAGCACAGGUGUUGAUACAGUGCAUCUCUGGGGAGUCAGUGCUUUAUUACCAGUCCAGUUCUCACCUGGAAAGGGCAGCUCCAUUGCACACAGGCAGUGACAGACAGCUAGGAGCUGUCACACAAUCCACGAGAGCAACACUUGUGCUAAGGGGGAGUGAGGCCUUAUGUAGUGUCUGUCCACUGUGACCAUCACAACUAGUCUUCAAUAAAUACCAAGUUUUACCCCAGUUAAACUGGGCUGUUCUGUCAAAA